UUCUGGAAAACCAUGAGGCCUGAUGUGGUUCAGUGGAUCAACAAAUGCUCAGAGUGCAGUAGGAAGACCAAGAAGAAGAAGAAACAAGGAAGACCACCAACAGGAACAUUUCAAUCUCCUCUGCAGACGCUGAGACCUCCACACACUCCUGAGGAUUCAGACAGUGGGAAGGAUGGAGAUGAUGGUGGUGAUGAAGAUGUUGGUGAUGAAGAGAGAGGAACAGCACCUACUUUAGAGGACAGAGGGGAGACCCCUUUGCCUCCUCAGCCCAGAAUACCCAUCCUGGUUCAUCUGAAAACGCCCAUUCAUUUUCACUCAAGUACUCCCAUAACCCUCCAGCCAACGACUUCUAACGCCCUUAGCGUGGAGAGACUUUUCCAGAACGAAACACUCUCCUCCAGCUCUGUAAACUCUGAGCAAACGGGACCUCAGGAGCAGAAAGAGAUCGUUAUUUCUCACGUUAGCGCCAGAACACUUCACUUCGUCAGAGUCCAAGACAUCAUCAACCCUCUCCCAGAAUCAAAUCUUCCUCCUGAGCUCACAGCUAAACACAAACCUCCUCAAUCCAAGAGCAAGAAAAUGAAACCUCCCAGUCAAGGCAGAGGGAUUAAAACUCAAACUAAGAGCUGUGAAAGCGCCCAACAACCAAAAAGGAGGAGAAAGAAGGACCUGGAAGCGGAUAAAAUAACAUCCAGCUGUGGUUUGGAGCCCUUAUUAGCUCCGAGCUCCAAACCCUGGCCCGUUUUCACCAUCUCUGACUCUUCCUCCACACAAUCGGCAAAACCCCCGACGAAUGUGGACAGUGCUGCUCCCCUGCAGAGGAACAUAACUCUUCAGGCCCGGAUCGUCCUCCAGCAGUGCAGCGAGGCUAAAGUUAAAGCCGCCGCUCAGUGGGCGGAGAUCCAGAAAGGAUUGGUGGUGUAUGUUUGUUUCUUCCACGGAGCCACGGAGGAUGUCACUCAUGAGAUGGCCAGAAGUCUGAUGACCACCACAUUUUUCCGUAAAGACUCCGGACACUCGGUUUCCGUGCUGGAUUUCCCCGGGAGCGUUUUGUUUAUCCACCAGGACUCCCUGCUGGGGGAGGGGUUGCCCAAAAGGAGGAUGGAGAACAGAGGGGGGGGGGCAGCUCUUCUCCACCCUAAUAUCUAAAUGCAGGGAGAAAAUGGCCGCCUCGGAGAAAUGUAGGAAGGCUGGAGUGAAAGUGGAGCACGGAGAAUACGGAAAGAAACAGGAAGUCAGUCUGAAGUCUGCAGAACCAAUGACUCUGCUGAUGGAGUUCUGAGCGGGUUAGAAACAAACACUGUAAAUAAAGGAUUGAAUCAAAGACUGUAUGUGUCGUGACUUCCUUCCUUGUUUUCCUAUCAAGCCACUAGACGCC